UAGAAUUGACCUGGUCUUUAUUGUUGAUAUGGGCAACCCGGUGCACUAAGCUCCCGCUAUGCAUGGGUCCGGGGAAGGGCUGGACCACAAGUGUCUAUCGUAGGCAGUCUUACUGUGCAUUUCUGCAAGAGGCUGUUUCCACGGCUCGAACUUGUGAUGGCAACAAAUUUACUUCCACGGCUCGAACUUGUGAUAGACAACAAAUUUACCAGUUAUCCCAAGACCUCCCUUCUUAUUGUUGAUAUGCAAGCUAUUAUUUUUAUAGUCUCAUUUUUUUUCCUCAUGUUGCGCUGUUUCACGUCGAGCAACCUCAAUCAAGCACCGCAAUUUCUUGAACCUAUACAAUGGUUCAGACGAAGGGGAGCCUUGGCGUAACUGGUAAAGUUGCUGUCAUGUGACUAGGAGGUUACGGUUUCAAGCUGAGGAAACAGCCUCUUGCAGAAAUGCAGGGUAAGACUGCACACAAUAGACCCUUGUGAUCCGACCCUUCUCCGAACUCCGCACAUAGUGGGAGCUUACUGCUUAGUGCACCGGGCUGCCCUUUUUUAUACAAUGGUCCAGACAUCUUUAGAAGAACUCUAUAUGUUAUGGAAACAAAGGGUAGAAAAAAAGGCUUUUAGUAUGAUUUGGAGGUUUGUGUGUUGUACAGUUUGUUUGUUUGUUGCUCUUACUAUGAUUCAUGUUUGAGGCUUUAAUUUAGUAUCAUUGUAUUUUCAUAUUGAAUUUUGACUUUAUAAAGUUUGUAGUAUUCGUUAGUCUAGCAAAUGUAGAAUGUUGGCCUCAAGAUGAAUUUAACCAUUUAGUAGUAAAAAUGUCAGUGAGUCUAGAAAUAUUUUAAGCCAACCCAAACUUGUUUGGGACUGAAGACUAAAGACUAGUUGUUGUUGUUGUGGUUAGUCUAGAAAUAUUGUAAUUUAAUAGCCUUAUAUUGAUUUCUUGAAAUCUCAUUAAAAAAAAGAAGAAGAAGAAAAGAUGAAGAAGAUGAUGAUGAAUUUGAUAUAGAAAAGAAACACGCCCUAUAUCUCCAAAGCAGACAUUUGUAUUACUAGUCAAAGAGUUUACUGGUCAAUACAUGCGACUUUUUUGUUAAAAACUUGACCCGAGUCAAGUUUACUUUGCUAGAUAUGAUGUAGAUACAGAGUAAAGUCUUGUGUCAGAGAGUCAAGUCUUGUGUCAGAGCUAGUUGCAGAGAUAUGUAUACCAAAUGAAGCCAUCUUUUUUUUUACCAACAAGAAGGGAAAAGGGAAAAAUCCGAGCCUCCUUCCUUAUCUUAUUUUUAUUAUCUGCUUGUCUCUGGUUGUAUAUUUUCAGCUGCUCAAGAUCACAGAUGAACCAAGAAAACAGGUACAUCUUGAUAACAUCAUUAAACCUUUGUAUAUUCUCCUUAAUCCUAGGUAAAUGUUCUGCUGUAGAUCCACAGUAUGUAGCAUGUCAGCCUAUAAAUUGCAAAAAUGGUCCAAAAAUAAAUUUUCCAUAUUAUAUUCAAGAUGAGCAAGAAUCUUAUUGUGGAUACCCUGGAUUUGGGUUAAAUUGUAGUGAACAAGGCUUUCCAGUUCUUUACAUAGCUGAAAAUGAGUAUAUAGUUGAAGAGAUUUCAUAUCAAGAUCAUACUUUUCAGCUGAAAAAUUCAGUCUUUAAUAGUACUACAAACAAUGGUUGUGUUUCUGAGAUCAAGAACAUCUCACUCGAUAAGCGCCCUUUUAAAUUUGUCAAUGAAUCAAGAAUAUAUUUGUUGUCCAAGUGUAAUGAGUCGAUACCCGAGCAUCUUUUGAAGCACAAGAUUGGUUUUGGUUGUGGUGAAGAAAAUAGAAAUGAGUGGGGUGUUGCUAUGUUUGCUGAGGAUGAAAGCUUCGAGUUUGCAUUACAAGUGUGCAAAAACCAUGUAAUGGUACCAGUAGACAUGCUUGGAGAUGAGGGAAGCAAUCAAGUUCUUGACUAUCAACUGCUAUUGAGAAGGGGGUUUAGAUUGAGCUGGUCAUCCAGUGACUGCAGUGAGUGUGCAGAAAGUGGAGGACGUUGUGGAUUUGAUGAAAAUCCCUAUCAAUUCAAAUGUUUCUGCACCGACAGGCCUCAUUCAGCGACUUGCAGACCUACCACAGCAGAAAAAGAUUGGGGACUGAUUCGAGGCAUAGUUUUCUCGAUGUUUUGCACUGGAAUCUUGAUUUUGCUCUUCUACUUCAGAAAAAAGAUUUUCUGGCACAAAUACUUCAGGUUUUGGGAAUCUGAAGCUGAGGAUCACCGAAAUAUUGAAGCCUUUCUGAAGAACUAUGGAUCAUAUGCUCCAAAGAGAUACAACUAUUCAGAGGUCAAAAGAAUCACCAGCCGGUUCAAAAACAAACUAGGUCAAGGAGGAUUUGGCUCUGUAUACAAAGGAACUUUUCCCGAUGGAAGUCAUGUGGCAGUGAAGGUCCUGAAUGAGCUAAAAGGAAGUGGUGAAGAAUUCAUUAACGAGGUGUCAAGUAUUAGCAGGACAUCACAUGUUAACGUCGUGAGCCUUGUGGGAUUUUGUUUUGAGGGUCGCAAAAGAGCACUCAUUUAUGAAUUCAUGUCAAAUGGAUCUCUUGAAAAGUUUAUCUAUGAGGAAAGAUCUGACAAUGUUCGCAAAUUGGGUUGGCCAAUAUUGUACAAAAUUGCACUAGGCAUUGCUCGAGGAUUGGAGUACUUGCAUCGUGGUUGUAACACUCGGAUUUUGCAUUUUGAUAUAAAGCCUCAUAAUAUCCUACUUGAUGACGAUUUUUGUCCUAAGAUCUCCGACUUUGGUCUUGCAAAACUCUGUGUCAAAAAGGAGAGUGUUGUGUCAAUGUUAGGUGCACGAGGGACUAUCGGUUAUAUAGCUCCAGAAAUAGUAUGCAGAAACUUGGGAGGUGUCUCUCACAAGUCUGACGUCUAUAGCUACGGAAUGAUGGUCCUAGAGAUGGUUGGAGGAAGGAAGAAUGUUGAUGUUGGAGUUGAUCGCACAAGUGAAAUCUACUUUCCACAUUGGCUCUAUCGACGAAUUGAACUAGAUGAAGAGCUUCAACUAAUCGGGAUAACAAACGAAGAGGAGAAAGAAUGUGCAAGAAAGAUGGUGAUAAUGAGUUUAUGGUGCAUACAGACUGAUCCCUCGAAUCGACCAUCGAUGAGCAAAGUUGUGGAAAUGUUAGAAGGAAACCAAGACUACUCUUUGCAAAUACCUCCUAAGCCUUACCUAUACUCUUCAUCAAGAUCAGAGGUAGAUUCAUCAUCAGUAGCAGAACUGAGAUAAUCUUUGUUUGUUGAUAUAUCAUUAUUUGUGUAGUCUUGUUCUGUUAUGGAAUUUCAGCAAAAGGUGGUACUGUUUGUGUCUGUUUUUCUCCUUGGAAGAGGGUGGCAGGUUUGUUAUUAAACAAUAUACUUAGAUGUUCUUGCC